AUGAUUGAAUUCGAGGAUGAGAAUGCGGAUGAGAGUGAGAGUGAGAGUGAGAGUGAGAGUGAGAGUGAGAGUGAGAGUGAGAGUGAGAGUGAGAGUGAGAGUGAGAGUGAGAGUGAGAGUGAGAGUGAGAGUGAGAGUGAGAGUGAGAGUGAGAGUGAGAGUGAGAGUGAGAGUGAGAGUGAGAGUGAGAGUGAGGAAGGGAAUGAGAAUGAGAAUGAGGAUGAGGAUGAGAUUGGGGAUGAGGAUGGGAAUAAAGGACAUAUAUAUACAUAA